GUUUGUCAUCAAAUACUCGUUCAUUUCGUUGGACGUGGCCUUCGCUGGUUGUCGCGUUCGUCCAUUUUUUCUACGUUUUAAAAUUUUUUUAUCUGGUUUGAUCCUUUGACAAUUCUAUCAUGUCUCAUCGUAAAUUCAGUGCCCCUCGUCAUGGUUCUAUGGGUUUCUACCCAAAGAAGCGUGCACGUCGUCAUCGUGGUAGAGUGAAGUCUUUCCCCAAAGAUGAUCCAAGCAAACCUAUCCAUUUAACCGCUUUUAUUGCUUACAAAGCUGGUAUGACCCAUGUUGUUCGUGAAGCUGAUCGUCCUGGAUCAAAACUUAACAAAAAGGAAAUUGUGGAGCCUGUUACCAUUUUAGAAACUCCACCAAUGAUAAUUGUUGGGGUUGUUGGUUAUGUUGAAACUCCAUAUGGUCUUAAACCAUUGAAGACUGUAUUUGCUGAACAUCUAUCUGAAGAUUGUCGUAGACGUUUCUACAAAAACUGGUACAAAUCUAAGAAGAAGGCUUUUGUCAAGUACUCCAGGAAGUGGCAAGAUGAAAAUGGCAAGAAACAAAUCGCUAAAGAUCUUGCUAAAAUUGCUAAAUACUCCAAAGUUGUCCGUGUCAUUGCUCACACUCAGAUGAAACUAUUGAAGAAACGCCAGAAGAAAGCCCAUAUUAUGGAAAUUCAAGUAAAUGGUGGAACUAUUGCUGAAAAAGUACAAUGGGCUAAAGAACAUUUUGAAAUGCCUGUACCAGUAUCUCACGUUUUUGCCCCAGAUGAGAUGAUUGAUUGUAUUGGUGUUACAAAGGGUCGUGGAUAUAAAGGUGUUACAUCUCGUUGGCAUACAAAGAAAUUGCCCCGUAAGACACAUAAGGGUUUACGAAAAGUUGCCUGUAUUGGAGCGUGGCAUCCUAGUCGUGUUCAGUUCACUGUUGCGCGUGCCGGUCAAAAAGGUUACCAUCACCGUACAGAAAUCAAUAAGAAGAUUUAUCGUAUUGGACUUGGUUGUCGUAUGAAGGAUGGAAAGAUUAUUAAGAACAAUGCAUCAACCGAGUAUGAUCUAACAGUAAAGACCAUUACUCCCAUGGGUGGUUUCCCUCAUUAUGGUGAAGUUAAUAAUGACUUCAUUAUGAUUAAGGGAUGCUGUGUUGGUCCAAAGAAACGAGUUAUCACUCUUCGUAAAUCAUUGUUGGUACACACAAAACGUGCUGCUUUGGAAAGCAUCAACUUGAAAUUCAUCGAUACCUCUUCCAAGUUUGGUCAUGGACGUUUCCAGACUGUUGCCGACAAGGCUGCAUUCAUGGGUCCAUUGAAGAAAGACAGGAUUCGUGAAGAAGAAAAUGCUACAGCGGCAGUGAAAUAAUUAUAAAUUGUAGGUUUUGACAAUUUGUAAAAAAAUUAAAAUCCUAAUCUGGAAUA